AUGGGGCCGCCAGGUAUUACUGGUACGCAGGGUGAAACUGCCAAACAUAUGUUUGAUAGGAUAGGGAAACAAGUGUACGAAACAGUGAAAAAUGAAGCUGAAAAUUAUAUUAGUGAAUUGGAAGGAAAGUUGUCACAAGCAACACUUUUGGGGGAAAGAGUUAGCAGCCUUAAAACAUGCCAACUUGUAGAGGAUUAUCGUAGUAAGGCUAAUGGUGAUGUUAAAAGGUAUCCGUGCGCUAAUAGAUCACCAGUUCGUUUUUCCGAUGAAAGUCGAAGUCAAUGUACAUAUAAUAGAAUAAAAGAUAAUGAAACCGAUGAUAAUGCAUGUGGCGCCUGCGCGCCGUAUCGACGUUUACAUUUAUGUGAUUAUAAUUUGGAAAAAAUGGGCAAAACGUCGACAACGAAGCAUGAUUUGUUGGCAGAAGUAUGUAUGGCAGCAAAAUACGAAGGGGACUCAAUAAAAACACAUUAUACAAUACAUAAACACACAAAUAAUGAUUCUGCUGCUGAAUUAUGUACUGAGUUGGCACGAAGUUUUGCAGAUAUUGGAGACAUUAUACGAGGAAAAGAUCUGUAUCUCGGUGAUAUAAAAAAAAAGCAAAAUGGAAAAAAAACAGAAAGAGAAAAAUUAGAAGAGAAUUUAAAAAGAAUUUUCGGGAAAAUACAUGAGGACGUGACGAAUGGGAAGAAGGAGGUGCUAAAAACACGCUACAAAGAUAUUAAUGAUCCAGAAUUUUUUAAAUUACGAGAAGAUUGGUGGACUGCGAAUCGCGCCACAGUAUGGAAAGCCAUCACAUGUCAUGCAGGAGAAAGUGAUAAAUAUUUUCGAAACACAUGCAAUGAUAGUGAACAUAGUGGAACUUUUUCUCAACCUAAUAAAUACUGCCGGUGUAACGGCGACAAACCAGGUGAAGACAAGGCAAAUGUCGAUCCCCCAACCUAUUUUGAUUAUGUGCCGCAGUAUCUUCGCUGGUUCGAGGAAUGGGCAGAAGAUUUUUGUAGAAUAAGGAAACAUAAAUUAAAAAAUGCUAAAGAACAAUGUCGUGAAAAAUAUAAAAGUGGUACGGAUCGAUAUUGUAGCCGUAAUGGCUACGAUUGCACACAAACUAUUAGAGGAAGAAACAUUCUUGUCUCCGAUUCGGAAUGUACUAACUGCUCUGUUGUAUGCACUCCUUUUGUAAAAUGGAUAGAGAACAAAAAACUGGAAUUUGAAAAACAAAAAGGAAAAUAUACAAAAGAAAUAGAAAAAGCAAACGGAACAUCAAACGGAACAACAAUAAGAACUCAAUAUGGAACAAUUAAUAAUAUGUAUAGAAAAGAUUUUUAUCAACAACUACAAAGUGGCUAUGGAGAUGUCAAUGCUUUUUUAGAAUUGUUAAAUAAAGAAACAACAUGCAAAGAUCACCCUAAAGUGGAAGAAAAAUCUGAUAUUGAUUUCAAUGAAGGUACUGAAAAAACAUUUUCUCAUACGGAAUAUUGCGAAACCUGUCCGUGGUGUGCUACCAAAAAAAAAGGAAUUGAUGGAAACUGGGAAGAACAAAAGUAUGAAGAAGGAUGCGAAAACUAUUUAAUGAAACCCAUUGAUGAAAGUAAAAGUACUGAUAUUGAUUUGCUUGUCAAGGAUACGUCAGGAACAACUAUGGUGGAGAAACUAGGAGGUUUGUGUAACGAUUCUUCUAAAAGAACUGUUCAAAUGGAAAAUUGGCAAUGUCAUUAUGAAAAAAAAAGUCAAUAUGAAGAUGGUUUUGAUAAGGAUUAUUGUGUACUAAAAGAUGACAAAAAAAAAAAACCAGAACAUAGGACAAUUAAAUCCUAUUAUACCUUAUUUCCAAAUUGGAUAAAUGAAAUGUUAAAAGAUUCGAUAGAUUGGAGUAAAGAACUUAAAACCUGUAUAAAUAAUGAAAAACCAACUAAUUGUAUACGUGAGUGUAAAAGUAAAUGCGAUUGUUUUAAAAAAUGGGUUGUACAAAAAGAACAAGAAUGGAAACAAUUAGAAGAACACUAUGAAAAAGAAAAUUUUAGUGGAGAUUUUGGUCCAAGAAUUAGUCCUUAUGUGACUCUUGAAGGGAAUUUACAAUACAGUUAUUUGGAAAUGAUUCGAAAGUAUUAUGCACAAGAAAAACCCGUACAAGAAAUUGAACAAAUAAUUGAAAAAAAUAAGAACAAUUUCGAAGUUAAAGAAGAUGAUAAUUCAAUAACCAAGUUCUUACAGCAAGAAAAAGGAAUUGCCACCAAAUGCAUAGAAAAACAGGAAGAAUGCAAGCAACAAAAAAAACAACAACGACAAAAACAACCCGCCGAUAAAGUUGUCUCCCGCUCCGGCGCCUCACCCGACACCGCCUCACCCGACACUAAGGCCACUGAGGAAAAGGAAGAAGAAGAAGAGGAAGAAGAAGAAGAGGACCUCGGCGAGGAGUCGGAGGAGCCGGAGGACCAAGCGGUGGUAGACCAGGAUGGGCAGGGGGAGACCACAGAAAAGAAGGUACCGGCGACCACAGAAGAGGGAUCACCAAAAGAAACAACAACACCAGAGAAGUCAGUAGACGUUUGCAAAACGGUGGCCGAACUAUUUAGUAACGUGGACAAUCUGAAAGAAGCCUGCACACAAAAAUAUGGCGGAAAUAACUCACGUUUAGGUUGGAAGUGCAUACCAACUAGUGGUGGUGAAAAAGCCACAGGUGGUAGUGGUGAAUCCACUGGUAGUGAUGCCACCACCGGUGGUAGUAUUUGUGUGCCACCGCGAAGACGACGAUUAUAUGUCACACCACUAACGACAUGGGCGAGUGGUGGUACCACACAGGUGGAGACACAGGCGAGUGGUGGUAACACGGAGACGUCACAAGUUAGUGGUGAGACAACACCACAAGGUCAAACACCAUCAGAAAGUGAGGCCCAAACUGCGUCACAAGAUCCUAGUGAAAAACUACGUACUGCAUUUAUUGAAUCUGCUGCUGUAGAAACUUUUUUUUUAUGGGAUAGGUACAAAAAGGAAAACACGAAGAGACAAAGUGUGUUACCACUACUAGAACCCAUCAACGGUGAUACUAUCAGUGAUGACAAUAACCCCGAAAAACUGUUAAAAGUUGGUAAGAUACCCCCCGAUUUUUUGAGAUUAAUGUUUUAUACAUUAGGUGAUUAUAGAGAUAUAUUAUUUAGUAGUAGUAACACAAGUGACACAACUGGUAAAGAGACACCUAGUAGUAGUAAUGACAACCUCAAAAAUAUUGUGAUUGAAGCUGGUGGUACUGACGAGAAGGACAAGCAGAAAAUGAAAGAAAUACAACAGAAAAUAGAUAAAAUUCUCAAACAAAGUGGCACAACUCCUCCCACACCUGUCACCCACUCCCCAUCUAGUGGUACAACCCCCUCCUCCUGGUGGGAAAAUAAUGCAAAACAUAUAUGGAAAGGAAUGGUUUGUGCACUAACAUACAAAGACAACACGAAUGGUGGACCACCAACACAGGAUAAUGAUUUGAAAAAGGCACUUUGGGACGACAAAACGAACGAGCCAAAAAAAAGCGAAUACAAAUACGACCAAGUGGAACUUAAAGAAGAAAAUAGUGGUACUGGCGUCACCAAAGGCCACGCUGAAGCCCCUGGUGAUAACACUCCCCUGUCCAAAUUUGUGUUACGCCCCCCUUAUUUCCGUUACCUUGAAGAAUGGGGUGAAACAUUUUGUAGGGAACGGACGAGGAGGUUGGGGAAGAUAAAGGGGGAGUGUAAGGUGGAUGACAGUGGAAGUGGUCGUGGUGGUGUUAUAAAACGACAAUAUAGUGGGGAUGGGGAAGAUUGUGACAAGGUUCAUGAGGAUCCUACUACACUUCCGGAUUUAGGUUCCAGUUGUCCCAAAUCUUGUAGUUCUUAUAGAAAAUGGAUAAAAAUAAAAAAAGACGAAUAUGAGAAACAACAAAAGGCAUAUGAACAACAAAAAAAAAACUGCGAAAAGGAAAGUGAGGGUGUUGAAAAUAAAUCUGAUAUUUGUGAUCAAAAAUUUCUUCAAAAUCUUAAAAACUAUGGGUCAAUUGAUUCAUUUUUAGAUAGAUUAAAAAAAGGACCAUGUUCUAAAACUUAUAAUGAGAGUGGAGAGGAUAAUAAUAAAAUAUUUGAGGAUACAGAGAAAACGUUUGGACAUCAAAAUUAUUGUGGUCCAUGUUCUGAAUUUAAAAUAAAUUGUGAAAAAGGUAAUUGCGAUAAGACUAAAGGACAGGAGUGCAAUGGUAAAAAGACUAUUGAUGCACAAAAUUUUGAACAAAUGGGACAGACUGCUAAAGAAUUUGUUAUGCGUGUCAGUGAUAAUGAUACAACGAAAUUUGAAGGUCAUGGUUUAGAGGAUUGUAACGGUGCAGGUAUCUUUAAAGGUAUUAAAGAAAAUAAAUGGAAAUGUGAUAAGGUAUGUGGUUAUGUUGUAUGUAAACCGAAAAACGGUAAUGGAAAAAAUGAAGGUACAUACAUUAUACAAAUUAGAGCAUUGGUUAGACGUUGGGUAGAAUAUUUUUUAGAAGAUUAUAAUAAAAUUAGAAAAAAAUUAAAGCCAUGUAUAAAUGAUGGUAAAGAACCUAAAUGUAUAAAAACUUGUGAUAAAAAAUGUAAUUGUGCUGGAAAAUGGAUAAAGCUGAAACAAGAUGAAUGGGAAAAUAUAAAAAAUCGUUUCAAUGAGCAAUAUAAAAAUGGCAAUGAAGGUGAUUACCCAGUGAAAACUAUUUUGGAGGAAUUGAUAUCCCGAAUUGCUGCUGCAACUGAUAAAGCAGAACGUGGGAGUUUAGAUAAAUUAAAGACGUCCCUUGGAUGUAAUUGCUCUGAUAACUCACAAAAAAAAAAUACUGACGAAAGAGAUAUCGUAGAAUGUUUGCUUGAAAAGCUUCAAGUAAAAGCAACAUCUUGUCAAUCCCAACAUAGUGACAAAACAGAACAACAGUGUCAAGAAUACACCCCUGAACCCGAUGAAGAGGACUUACUCCUUGAAGAAGAAAAUGAAAACCAAGUGGAAAAUCAAAAAGUGGGAAAUAAAGCGCCAGCAUUUUGUCCACCUCCAGAAAAACCACCGAAAGAGGAACCAGAUGAAAAGUGUGGAGAUAAAGAAGAAGAAAAAGAACAAGAGGAGGAAAAAGACAAAGGAAAUGAAGAACAAAGUGGCGCCCCUUCAUCACCAUCACCUAGUGAAGGCACAAAGGAACUUCCACCUCCACCUGAACCCCCAGAGGAAGCCAAACCCCCGGAACCAGUCAAACCAACACCAGCACCGGCCCCUGCGGCGCCUCCAGCAGCACCAGCACAACCAACCCUCCCUGCGGACGAGCCAUUCAAUCGUGACAUCCUGGCAACGACCAUCCCUUUUGGUAUUGCUUUCGCUUUAGGAUCUAUUGCUUUUUUAUUUUUGAAGAAAAAAACCAAAUCUACUAUUGAUCUUUUGCGUGUUAUUAAUAUCCCCAAAAGUGAUUAUGAUAUACCGACAAAACUUUCACCCAAUAGAUAUAUACCUUAUACUAGUGGUAAAUACAGAGGCAAACGGUACAUUUACCUUGAAGGAGAUAGUGGAACUGAUAGUGGUUACACCGAUCAUUAUAGUGAUAUUACUUCAUCUUCCGAAAGUGAGUAUGAAGAGAUGGAUAUUAAUGAUAUAUAUGUACCUGGUAGUCCUAAAUAUAAAACGUUGAUAGAAGUGGUACUUGAACCUAGUGGUAACAACACAACAGCUAGUGGUAACAACACAACAGCUAGUGAUACACAAAAUGAUAUACAAAAUGAUGGUAUACCUAGUAAUAAAUUUAGUGAUAAUGAGUGGAAUACAUUGAAAGAUGAUUUUAUAUCACAAUAUCUACAAAGUGAACAACCAAAUGAUUUACCAAAUGAUUAUAAAAGUGGAAAUGUUACUUUAAAUACAGAACCUAAUAUUUUAUAUUUUGAUAAACCUGAAGAAAAACCUUUUAUUACUUCUAUUCAUGAUAGAAAUUUAUAUACUGGAGAAGAAUAUAGUUAUAAUAUUAAUAUGAGUACUAAUAGUAUGGAUGAUAUUCCAAUUAAUCGUGAUAAUAAUGUUUAUAGUGGUAUAGAUUUAAUUAAUGACGCACUAAAUGGUGAUUAUGACAUUUACGAUGAAAUGUUGAAACGAAAAGAAAAUGAAUUAUUUGGGACAAAUCAUGUGAAACAAACAAGUAUACAUAGUGUUGCAAAAAAUACAAAUAGUGACCCCAUACACAACCAACUGGAACUAUUCCAUAAAUGGUUAGAUCGACAUAGAGAUAUGUGCGAACAGUGGGAAAAUCAUCACGAACGAUUAGCCAAAUUGAAAGAAGAGUGGGAAAAUGAGACACAUAGUGGUAACACUCACCCUAGUGAUAGUAACAAAACGUUAAAUACUGAUGUUUCUAUACAGAUAGAUAUGGAUGAUGGAAAACCAAAGAAGGAAUUUACUAAUAUGGAUACUAUCUUGGAAGAUCUGGAUAAAUAUAAUGAACCUUAUUAUGAUGUGCAAGAUGAUAUUUAUUAUGAUGUAAAUGAUCAUGAUACAUCAACUGUAAAUCCUAAUAAUAUGGAAAAACCUAGUAAGGUAAAGAUUGAAUUAGAUGUAAAUAAAAAGACGAUAAAAGAGAAAUAUCCUAUAUCAGAUGUGUGGGAUAUAUAA